UUUGUGCUGGUGCGUGGCUUUAACCUUCAGCGCGUGCGUUGUCGUGGCUCGCCUCCACUUUACGGCAGUCAGUGUUGUUAAUGUAUUUAGAUGGAGCGUAGGGCGGUGGCCGCUUGAAUGAAUGAUCAAAGCCUUUUUAAAGGUUUGGGGGGCGGUGCAUGUGCUGUAUUUACUCUGGGCCGCUCCGCCCUACAACAUGAGCUAGAAAACUGUCCGUGGGCCAGUGGGGAGAUGAAACAAGUGGAAGGAGAUGUAGCAGACACCUUUCACCACCUAAUACACACACCACCACAGGGAUCCGCUUUUUAUUAAGCUGUAGCAUCAUCUCCCAAGCUUUUUUUUUCCCCCUUCUUUUUUUUUUUUUUUUUGUUUUUUUUAUAUAUAUUUUUUUGUGCAUAACAGGAGUGACGAUCAUCCGCGCUGCAUCGGAGGUUCAUGGCCGCGACACUCACGAUGAGCAGCGGCGGCGGCGGACAGGAGGAUCCCUUCUAUCCGCUGCAGAAGCCCGGUCUCCCGGCUGCGUUCCCUCUGGAGGAGUCGGCGUUGUUCGGCUUGGACUCCAAGAUCACAGACUCAGACAAGGACUACACACAGGCGAAGUGUGAGCUUGACAGGUAUCUCUCCCCUCAGCCUCUUCCUCUUCCACCAUCUGCAGACAGCCAGCAGAAAUCACAAAGAGAGUCUGUGAUGGAUCAGUUCUUCAGUGAAGAUCAAACUGGGUCUCCAUACACCCUCAACAUGAAUCUCUAUCUCCCCGACGUCGCCUACCUGAGGUUGGGUUUGUGUCAACAGCCACGGCCUCCUCAGCAUCAAAACCACACAAAUCUCACCCACAUCAAGACAGAGUCUGCUGCCUCGUGCUUCUCCGCCAACCUCCAGCCUCAGCACUGCCCCAACUCUUCGCCUGCAAGUAACUGCAGCGCCUCCGGACAUGGCAACGGGGGUAUUACCAUGGAAACGUCACCCAUAAACAUGACAGGGUUACCGGACUUCACCAGUGUUUUCAACCAUUCUGGAGGCACUUGUGGUAGUGAUUCAGUCCCAGAAGUGUUUGUGAAACAAGAAAUGCCAUCGCAAUUUGAUCAGCACCCCCUCCACCACCAUGACAACAGCAGCUCACUGUUUCAGCUCCUAAACUCUGGCUUGGACCAUCACCAUGGCAAUGGUAUGGAGCAUCAACAACAUCAUCACCACCAUCACCAUCAACAUCAGCAUCAGCAGCAAAUACAACACACAGGUCCUUCACCGAUCCACACACCCUUCCACGAUUUGCCAGUAGCUUCUUCUGCAUCACAGCAGGAGCAGACUGCCAAGCCCACCUACUGUGGUCUGAAUGGUGGGCCGUACACGCGCCCUCACUCCCAGGCACACCCACAUUUCCUCCAGCAGCAGGUACCUUACCUGCCACCGUCUCCGCCGAGCUCUGAGCCCGGUAGCCCCGACAGGCAGAAGGAGCUGCUCCACACCAUGUCGCCCCCUCCUUCCUACGCAGCCACCAUCGCCUCCAAGCUGGCAGGUAGCACCCCUGGACUCGGCCCGAGCCCAGGCCCUGGCAGCUUAGCCCUGCCCCUCGCUACAGGUCCCACACCGGUCCCAGGUCCAACAGCAGCAGCAGGCCUCCCACAUGCACCUGCCACAGCCCCAGCCACGGCCCCAGCUCAGACCACCGUGCCUGCCCGAUACAACCGGAGGAACAACCCUGACUUGGAGAAAAGACGGAUCCAUCACUGUGAUUACCCAGGCUGUAAGAAGGUCUACACCAAGUCAUCCCAUCUGAAAGCCCACCUCAGGACUCACACGGGUGAGAAGCCGUAUAGAUGCACGUGGGACAGCUGUGACUGGCGUUUCGCUCGCUCAGAUGAGCUGACGCGCCAUUAUCGCAAACAUACGGGCGCCAAACCGUUCCAGUGCGCCGUCUGCUCACGCUCCUUCUCCCGGUCCGACCACCUGGCCCUACACAUGAAGAGACACCAGAACUAGCUGCGUUCACAAAGGGACACAGUACAAAACAUACACAAGCACUAUGUUGACUCCCCAAAAGCACUACGCUGACCCUUCCUCAAAUGUUACUUCACUGACAUCACUGCUCCUCCUGGUGCUGCUAUCAUGUGCUAACAUGCUACGAUAGCCUAACAAACAUGUUGAUCUUAAUCCAGAUUGGAACAAUUUGGAGUUUGGAAACUUAGAAAGUAUGAAGAUAUGGCCAGAUUGAAUUCUUGGCUCUUAACUCUCACAUACACUUUGUUUAGACUUGCUUUUCUUUGAGCAUAUACAAAGAGGAAGAAAAAAAAAGAAAGAAAAUAUCGAGUCCGUAUUAGGACUGUUUUUUUUUUUUUUUGACUGGAAUGAAAGCACUUAUACAACUAUUUCUAUUCUGAUUUUAGAACUGGAUUUCAUUUUGAUUUUUUUUGUUUUUUUUUUUAAAAGGAAAAGCUUUUGUUUGUCAAACUAGUCAAACCAAAUCCCUGUCGACUUCUUGGUUUGUUAGUUUGUUUAUUAACUGGAAUAUCCAGAUGUUUAUUUUUUCCUUUUGGUUUGCACUAAAAUUGGUAAUCAUGUCUGAGCUUCUCCGGGCUCAUGCUUCUCAUUCACCACUGGAACGAUCAUUAUCGCUACUGGACUGAAUUUCUGUGAACACUCAAAUCACUGAACGCCAGACACAAAUCAUUGCUGUUCAGAUAUUAAAAAUUGAAGGCAUUCAUACUCUGGAGAGGAAAGAUAGUGCAGGGAAGCGAAGAGGGAAGGGGAGGGGGGGUGAGGGAGAGGGAUAGAUUUUAGAUUUCAGAGAGAUCUGAGGACGACUGAGGAACAGAGGGAGGUGGAUGGUUGCUAAAGAGAGGCAAUUACGUGAUUAAUUAUUCAGUUUGCCUUUAGAUGGAUAUCCAACCAGAGAAAAUGUCAGCAGAAACCUUAGACAUAUCCUAGAAUUCAUUCAGAGUUAAAACAGAAAUGAGGGUAUUUGAUACACACGCUUAAAUUAAACAUGAAGCAUCUGGAAUAGAUUGAGAAUUAAGGGACUGUCUUUAAAGAAAAACAAACAUACCGAGCACGUGUCCCUAAAAGGGUCUGAAUUCUUCAUUUUUUUUUAAACCAAAGUAUCAUCUCAUGUAUCAACAAACUUAUUAAGUGCCUCCUCUGUUUCUGUUCACUAGUAGCAGAGCUGUGAUGAAUUUCUAAACACACAUGGUGCUGUUUUUCUUUCUCGAAUCAGUUUGAAGUGGUGAUUUUUAAUUUGACCCCACAGCAUCACCCGUCACCCACUGUAAAGCAACAGCUCGGCUCAGGUCACUUUAAACACAGUCUGAUGUUACACGGUUUGUGUUUUAGUGAGCUGGCAGGCCUUUCUUGAAGGGUUUUCAAUCUCUGUACACAAAUAACUUGUACCUGGGCUCCAUCAGCCAUCCUAAAAUGGACAGACAUGUUUUCUUACCACACACCUGACUGGCCAUUGUGAUGGUGUGAUUCAGCCCACACUUAUAACUGUAUUUGUUCAUUCACUGCAGGUAGCAUAAAGAUAAUAUAGCACUGUAAUGUAUCAUGGUAAAUCUGACUAUUUAUUUGAUAGCGUAGAAGUGGGGUUGCAUCAGAUCAACUGUCUUUCUCCCCAGCAAAAAUGCCUUAAUGUAAAUAUAUGCACUGUAAAUAAUUAUACUUUUUUUUUUUGUUUUUGCUCUUUUGUUAUUAGUUUUGUUUUGUAAACAAAAGGGCAACAAGAGGAAAAUGCCCUGCAUCCAAAAAUAUUUGAGCCCUAUUUUUUUGUUUUCUUGUCAAAGAUAUUUUGAUGCCAUUGUUUUAUAUUGUCCUUCAAACAAGUUAUUUUGUAGAUCCUUCUUUUUCUUCCGUGGUAAACGUUCCAAAGACAAAAGUUGUUUUUCAUCAACUGAGUGAAGCUGAUCCUAAUAAAGUCAACUGACACUUUUACACA